GGCCAUUGAGCGCCACCAUCAAUUGCCAGUGGAUUCCAUUGAGGGGACUUGUUCAGUUUAACGCCAAGAACUGAGAUAUCUCAGCAACACCAACCAUCACCUGCAAUUGUUAACUCAACCUCAUCUCUCAAGACGCAACCUCAGUACUACACCUUGACUCUAGAAAAAAUCACCAUCAAAUCAGUCACUCGAACACCAUAAAAAAUCACAAUGUCACGUCUACUAACCCGCCUCCCACGUACCAUACCCCCCACUGCUCCCCUCCAACUCACCCUGGGCAGCAGCAGAAUCACUAUUACCAGAGGCAUAGUCACCGACCUCGAGACAGGCGGCACCCGCAAAGCCAAGCAAACCGCCGGCAAAGGCUUCGUCUCCGUUGGCGGGCAACAGGAUCGUGGCAUGCCUACCGCUGACAAGGGUGAUGAACCAAUGCCUCCGAAGUAUUCAACUUCCACUGGCCACACGAUCCUCCCGUCCCUUAAACAAGCAGUUCAACAAACAUUGGAACACCCUGAGGAAUGGGAGGGGAUUCACGCUGAACAUAUUUGCGCUGUGGAGGAAGCCAACAGUGCUAACGCCGAGAAGUGGGAAGCCAGUCGACGAGCAGGACGGGAUGCAGAUGCAGAAAGGGACGUGACUGAGGCAUGGAACAGUGAGAUGGCCAGUGACUCUCCGAGUGGUACCUCUAACGCGGGAAGAAGUUCUCAUCGGACGAAGGGUAGUAGUAGUAGCAAACGAGCAGCAGCAGUGCAAGGUUCUUCUUCCAAAAAGCCAGCCCCCAAGAAAGAAUCCAGCAGCAGCAGCAGAAGAAAAUCUCAACCCAAAGAUGCAAAAAAAACAAGAGGCAAAGAAUCCGAAUCCAGCGCCGAAUCCACCAACAGUCCCGACUACGCCUCCCCCAUGGACGCCCACCACACCCAACCCCUCCCGCACUCCACCAUGGACACAGCAACAGGCCAACAACCCAUUCCCCCUUCCGGUCCCGACUUCUCCUCCUCCCCAACAGGAGCAGCAAACACAAUAAGCGAGGACUCAAUCCCCCACUUGGCCCUGCACCCCAACCUCUCCCUCGGCACCACCCUUUCCUCCAUCUCCGGAAGCUUUACCCUCGAACCCCUUCAACACGGCCGCCCAGCUCCAACGGCAAUCAAACCCUUUGCGACAUCUUCGACUGCGUGGGUUUCUUGGACUUUUAUCCAGUCUCCCCAGAACAACAUCAAUGCUCGUGGUGUGUCAAGGUUCGCUCGUUCGUACUCUAGUUCGGCUUCUAGUUCGACUUCGCAGAAUAUCACAAAGGCGACGGGAUUAUCUGGCCAGCAGCAACAGCAACAGCAACAGCAAAAGAAGAAGGAAAAGCCGAAAACGCAGGCGCAGUUGGAUGAGGAGGUGAGGAUGCGGAUGGAGGAGAGUGUGGCGGGGGAAGGGGGAGCGGCGGGGGUGGAGUAUGAGGAUGGGAAGGCGGUGGGGAUCAAGAGGGGGGUGAGGGAGAAUAUGUUUAGGUAUAUUUAG